UUUUUUUGAUCCCUUACGGUUUAAAAAGCACUAUUUGACUAGGAAGAAAAACCAGUGGGGAAGCAGAAGAGGAAGGGGAGACCCAGAUCUGAAAGCUCUUUCCCUCUCUCUUUCUCUCUGUGUUUUGUUGUCUCAUACUCUCUCUUUGCUUUUUUUGAGUAUCUCUCUCUCUCUCUCUCUCUCUCUCUCUCCGAGCACUUAACAAAGUCUUAUCAUUUAAUCAGUCAGUCAGAGAGAUUAUAUAGAUACAUAAGAGUAGAUAGAUAGACAGAUACAUACACUUUGAAAACUCAAAAAAACUCCAACUCUCCCUCAAACUCAACAUCAUUAUAUGAUCUGACCAUUUCUCCAAAAUGCCACGCCCUUUUUUCCACAAGCUUAUUCUCUCCUCUACCCUCCAAGACAAGAAACUGAGGAUCCCUGAUAACUUUGUUAAGAAAUUCAGGGAUGAACUAUCUGUUGCUGCUGCUCUCACUGUUCCUGAUGGUCAUGUUUGGCGUGUAGGAAUAAAGAAAGCUGACAACAAGGUUUGGUUUCAGGAGGGUUGGCAGGAAUUUGUAGAACGUUACUAUAUCCGUGUGGGCUACUUUUUGAUUUUCAGAUAUGAAGGAAAUUCCGCCUUCAGUGUUAGUAUAUUUAAUUUGAUAAACUCUGAAAUAAAUUAUCAGUCUAAUGCCCUCAUCGGUAGCCAAUACAAUCAUGGCAAACAAUAUCCAUUUGAAGAACUUGAAGAUGAUGAAUGCAUCUCUCCAGCACUGCAGAAUUUGUUUGGUGGGACAAAGCUUAACAACUGCAUAAACUGGACUGGUGAAGUCAACCUUCACACAUCAAAGGGUGUUAAUAAUCAACCUAUUCGAGUGAAAUUGCAUUCUUCAGGUGCAGAGCUACCAAAACCAAAAAAGCCUGGGAGGAAAAAGCGGAAGUUUGACCCUAAUGAACAGGAUUCAUCUGUUGGACAUGAAGAUGAAGUGGAAAUGCUUUCGAUUUAUGAAAGUGCUUCAGCCAGAAAGAGAACAGUGACAGCUGAAGAAAGAGAGAGGGCAAUUAAUGCAGCCAAAGCGUUUGAGCCAACUAACCCUUUCUGCAGGGUUGUCUUGCGACCGUCAUAUCUAUACAGGGGAUGUAUUAUGUACUUACCAUCAUGCUUUGCUGAGAAGCAUCUAAGUGGGGUUUCAGGAUUCAUUAAACUUCAGCUUCCCGAUGGAAAACAGUGGCCUGUGCGAUGUCUUUAUAGAGGAGGCAGAGCUAAGUUCAGUCAGGGUUGGUAUGAAUUUACAUUGGAGAAUAAUUUGGGGGAGGGAGAUGUCUGUGUCUUUGAGCUGCUCAGAUCAAGGGAAUUUGUGCUCAAAGUUACUGUAUUUCGUGUCCUUGAAAGCACAGGACUAAUGAACCGACCUCAAUAAAAUGCCUGCUGAGUUAAACCAGCUUGAGUAUAGUGGCCGGUAAUUUCAGGAAUGUCAAAACUAUUAAGUAACUCCUCUUUUUCAGGUGACGUGUAACUGAUCUGGGUCCUUCAUAAGAAAUUUAGAUGCCGUGCCAUUU